GUCUUCCAACUUAUGGGUGCGUUUUUGAUGAACCACCCUAUGAAUAUUUCAUUUCUCCGUUACUUCUGAACAGGAUACUUUGCGCUCAUUCCAAAUAUGUUUGGCCAGAAGCAAUAUGACCAGGCUCUAUUCAACGAUCUGCUCAGCCGGGUUGAGAUAUCCAAACACGAUCUCAACGCUUUAGUCUUGGAUUAUCUCUUGAUCGAAGGCUUCUCUGACGCUGCAGUCGAGUUUGCUCGAGAAACUGGUCUGCCCGCCGAUGUCGACCACGCCCAAGUUGCCGAGCGUAUGGAGAUUCGCCAAGCUGUUGAAGAUGGUCGGGUCGAAGAGGCCGUGAGACGAGUCAAUGAGCUUGAUCCGGAGAUCCUUGAUGGCAACGCGUCAUUACUGUUCCAUUUGCAUUUACUCCGGCUCAUUGAACUUAUUCGGACUGAGGAUCUCGACACUGCGUUGGCAUUUGCGACUGAAGAGCUGGCCCCUCGCGGCGCUCAAAAUCCUGAGUUUCUGGCCGACCUCGAAAAGACGAUGGCUCUUCUUGCGUUCCCUGACCUGGCAAAAUUUGCCGAUGACUCACCUGCGGCCGACAAGCCCACUUUGGCCCCUGAGACGCUUACAUUGUUUGAAGAACCGGCAUUUGAGCCCAUCAUUGCGUUGAUGAAACGUUCUCAGCGCGUCAAGGUCGCCAAAGAACUAAAUGCUGCUAUUCUUGAAAAUCAGGGGUAUGGAAUGGAGACUAAGCUGAGCGGCUUGGUACGAUUGAUGGCUUGGGGAGAGGAGAAGCUUGUCGAAGGUUCUGAUAUUGUGAUUCCUGAAGAAGAACAACGGAAAGGCAGGACGUGGGCCGAUGCUGUUCUAAGUGGUGAAGUAGACUGCUGAGUUUGUAACCAUAUCCUAAAUUGUCUUAUAAAAAUAAUCCCGUUGUACUGCGUAAGGUUGUAUAAUUAGUUACAUGAUGAACUUGUCAAAGAUGCGCAAACA